AUGUCAUUAAGUUUAAGUGAUUUGAUCAAUCAGUCAUUAGACAAAAUCAAAAAGGCAAUUACAAAAAAAUAGUUUGAAUUAAAAUAGACCAUAGAUGAAGCUUAGUGUAAAUUAAUUUAUUAUUAAAAGAGGUUAAGGAUUACUAUGAUGCAAAUCACUUAAUAAAGGUGUAUUAAUAUUGUAUUGAAUCUAAAUAAGUUAAAUUGAUUGAAUUGGCAUUAUUUGAUAUCAAAGUAUUUCCUUUUAAUUAUUUUAGAACAUUGUGGAUUCAGGUUAUUUAUCUGGAGAACAAAUCAUAGGAGAAAAGAGAGCAAUAGAAAUAACUUUAGAGUUGGUAAUGAAAACUUAAUUGGAGAAGGAGGAGACUGUUUAAAUAUAUAUGAUAAAAGCUAUACAAGCAAUAAUGACUAAUAGAAAGCACUAUAUUUAUGGGGAAGCUGUCACAAGAGUUUUUUCAUUAUUAAUAAAUCUGCAUUCAGGUAAACAAUAACAUUAAUAGUUUGAUUAGUUUCAAAAAUAGUUGCAAUAAUAAGUAUUAGUAAAGAGGCUUGCUAGAAAAUCGUUAGCUCUUAUUUUGCAAGACUUGAGGAUUAUGGCACUCUUGCAGAAGAGGAAUACUAAUUAGCCAUUUAAUAAUAAGUUAAUUAGGGAUAGUUAGUUUUUGGAAAAUGUAAAGCUUUAGUUAAUGCUGAAUAAUAUAUGAAAUCUCAGUUAACAUCAAUGGUUGAUGAAGUGUAAAUUUAUAGCGAAAGAAGAUCUAUUUAUGAAAAGCAAUUAGAUGAUUUAAGUAAAAUGAAGGUGAUUGAUUUGAAUUUGCAUGAACCCAAUAUAAGAAACGUAACCAUUGAUAAAAAUUAAAUCUAAAUUAAUUUAGUCAAUGAAUUGAACAUAAAAAAUGGAAAAUUUGGUUGGUGCAUUAAUUGCAGAAAGCAAGCAUCAUAAUAUUGUAAACAGACAAAAGUACCCAUCUGUAGCAAAGAAUGUAAAUAUAUACAUUUAAAUCAAAUGUUUAACUUUUCUUAAUCUCAUUAACAUUCUACAUUUAGCGAAUAAUAUGUAAAGGAUGCUUAUGAAAUUUUAGAAAUGCUUUGCUAAUUAAGUCAAAAAGAACCUUAAAAUCCAUAAUUAGCUUAAAUGAUUAUCAAAUGUAAGGUCUUGUCCUUAGAAUUAAUCUACGAGGCUUUAGCUCAGAGCGAUGUUGUAUUAUAAAAUAAACCUAAAUUGAUAUCAAUAUUAAAAGAAUAGUUGUUAGAAUCAUUGCUCAAAAAUUCUCUAUCUGCUGAGAAACAACUACUUAUUUUGACUUUAAACAUUUUCAUUUAGUUGAUCUGGAAAGUGAGAAGCCAUAUGAAAAAAGAACUAGAAGCCUUGAUUGAAAAUGUUUAUUUUAAAUUUUUGGAGAGUAGCAACAGUUCUUUUGAUCAUAAGUAAUACACUUUGAAGGUUUUCAAUAAAAUACUAACUCGUCCAAAAGUGGUAAUUGAGAUAUUUGUAAACUAUGAUUGUUCUGUGGGUCAGAAUAAUCUACUUAAGAAAAUUCUAGACAUGUAAUGUCGGAUUAUUCAGGGAAGAUUCAGUAAGCAAGAAUUUUAAGCUUCAAUAUCUAUAAAUCAAGAGAUUUAUCUAAAAGCUUUGUGUUUAGAUAAUUAUUGUGGAUAUGUAAGAAGUUUAAAAGAAUAUUCUGAAUAAUAUGAAGAUUCUCAAAAUGUGGUUUAAAUUCAAUCAAUUGAUGAAUUGGAUGAUUCAAUUGUCUAAUAACAGUAAUUGCCUUAGGAUCCACUUGAGAAGUAGAAAUAAAUGAAAUUAGAAAUGAAUAAGGCUGUUCAAAAAUUUAAUUUUAAACCUGAACACUGUAUAAAGCAUUUGAUAGCUUGUUAAUAUAUGGAAAACAGAGACCCUAAAUUAUUUGCUUAGUUUCUAUGGGAAAACAGAGACUUAAAUAAAGAUAAACUGGGAGAAUUAUUUGGUAGUUCAAAUGAAUUUGAUUAGAAGGUGUUUUCAUUAUAUGUAGACAUUAUGAAUUUUAAGGGAUUAUAAGUAGAUGAAGGUUUGAGAUAUAUGUUAGAAUUCUUCACUUUACCUGGAGAAUCAUAAUAAAUAGAUAGGAUAAUGGAAAAAUUUGCUUCAAAGUAUUGCGUUGAUAACCCUGGAAUAUAUUAGUCGGCAUAAGCUGCCUACACCCUUUCAUACUUAUUGAUGAUGUUGUAAACUGAUUUACACAAUGAGAAAAAUCUAGAGAAAAUGACUCUAGCCCAAUUCAACAAUUUAGCUAGAGGAAUCAAUGAUGGGGAAAAUUUGCCUUAAGAAUUGUUGUAGGGUUUCUAUUUAAGGAUUUAAAAGACACCUUUGGCUUUGCAUGCAAAAGAAUAGGCUAGGAGAGCAUUAGAAUAAGCAAAUUAAGUUGAUCAAAGAAGAAGACAUGCUAUGUUAGCUAAGGAGGCAGAAGAUGCAUUAAAGAAAUGGUUUAAAGAGCAUCCAAAUUAAGAUGCAUUCUACUAUGUAAAUACAAUAGAACAUAUGAAAUCUUUAUUACAAUAAACUUGGAGCGUAAUUUUUGCGUCAAUAAGUGUAUUUUUAGAAUAGACUGAAGAUCAAUAAUAAAUAUUAUUAUGUUUCGAAACAAUUCAAGCAUUUAUUUAAUUAAUGGGCAGAUUCGAUUUAGAUGAAGAGAAGGAUACAUUUAUAAGUUUUUUAUAUAGAUAUUGUACGAAUAUUCCAAGCACUUACAAAUAAAUAUUAGGUGUUCAAACUUUGAUUAAAGUUAGUCUAUAAUCAGGAUAAUAUUUACGUAAAAGUUGGAAGCUAGUAUUGUUACUAAUUUCAAGAUUGGAAUAGUUACAUUAGGUUGUAAAGAAAAUAAAGGUUGACUCACCUUACAAAGAGAAUUAUAAUUAAGAAGACAUGAUUAGUAUUGAAAGAUUGUUUUAAUAAAUACAAUAUGAUUAGAUUGAUAAAAUAUUUAAUAGUUCAAUCAAUUUGGAUUCCAACUCUAUUUUAGAAUUUAUCAGUGCUUUAUGUGAGUUAUCAAAAGAGGAAAUUAAAUACAAUAGAGUAUUCUUAUUGAGUAGAGUAAUUGAGGUGGCUGAUUUUAAUAUGAAUAGAAUUAAAAUUAUUUGGUCUAGAAUGUGGGAAAUCAUGAGAGAGCAUUUCCUUGAAGUGGGAUGUCUUAAAAACGUAGACCUUGCAAUAUAUGCAAUUGAUUAAUUAAAGUAAUUAAGUUGUAAAUUCUUGUAAUAACCUGAACUGACAAAUUAUCAUUUCCAAAAGGAAUUUCUGUUACCAUUUGAAUAAAUAUUUAGCCACACUUAGGCUUAAUAGAUGCAUAAGACUUAAUUGAGAGAGUAUUUAUUAUCUUGUAUGUGUAUGAUUACAAAUAUUUGUUUCAAUUCAAUUAAAAGUGGAUGGAAGAUUAUUAUGAGUAUAAUUAAUCAAGCUCUGUAAGAUGAUCAAUAGUAAUUGGUUAGAUUAUGUGUGUAGAUUACAGAUAAAAUAAUGGAAGAUGUGGGCAAUUAAUAGGUUUAUUCUGAGAUUUUUAUGGAACUAAUUUAAGCCCUCAUAAAAUUGACUAAAAAUAAAGAUGUUAGUAUAGUCACAAAUGCAAUCAAAUAUUUGAAAAUAUUAGUUGAUCACAUUGUUUUGAUUAAAAAGAAUGAUAACAAAUAUUUAGAUUAAUUAUGGAUUCCAGUUUUAUCUGCUCUCUCUGUAUUAUAUAGUGAUGAUAGAGUAGUUGUACAACAAUAAAGUGUCAGCACCUUAUUUGAAUUGUUGAAAAUCCAUGGGGCAUAAUAAUCCAAUGAAUUUUGGAAGAUGAUUUUGAGAGGUGUGAUCAAGCCAUUAUUUGAUGAGAUUUAAUUUUCUAAGAUGUAAUUCAUAAAACAAUCUUAAACUAAAUAGUAAGUAAUCUCAGCUUAUAAAAUGACUUUUAAUUUAUUCACUGAUUUAGUAGUCCUUUAUAUCUAAUAAAUGUAACCUUGCUUAAAUGACUUAAUUGAUAUAUAUAUUUAGCUGGUGUUGUAAACCUAAGAUGUAAUAUUUUUAAUUUAUUUUAAGUUUCUUUCAACUUUAUGUCUAGAUUCUCUAAAAACAAUUGUUAAGCAAGGAGGCUAAUCCUUUACUGAAGAAAAUUGGCUUGUUGUGAUUGAAUAAAUAUAGCACCUUUUAUAACAAUGUUCUCCUAAUGAAUUAUUUGAGGCUUUUAAUUUAGAUGAAGAUUUUCAAAAGCCUUUGGAUGAGCUCUUAAAGGAGGACAUACGACCAAAGAAGUUUAGCUUUAAAAUUAAUGCUUAUGAAUGCACUUCUAAAUAAUCAAUUCAAUAAAAAUGUUUAGAAAUACUAGAGGUGUAAGCUAUUCAAUAUAAAAAUUCAAUAUCCUAAUAAAAUAAGGAAUAAAUUUUAACAAUAUUCAAUGAACAAUAUUAAAAGUGUAAGAAAUUUAAUACUCAUUUCUAUAUGAGAUACUUUCUAGAAUAAUGGGCUAUGCAAUGGAAUAGAGCAAAGAAUGGACCUGAAGAGCUAGAUGAGCUAUCUGAUAAUCAGAGUAUAACUAACUAAUUAAGUUUUAUUAAUUAAGAAUUUAUUUCAGCAAAAGUAAUUGUUUAACUUACAUCCUAACCAUUAGAUUUUAUUGAACAAUUAAUUCAAAGGUUUACUGAUGGAUACAAUGGAUUAUAGAUACCUGUUUAUAAACUUGAAACUUUGAAUGGGAGCUUAGAAUAACUAAGAUAUACAGAAUCCUAAGUUAUCAUAAGCAAGUCUUAAGUUUUAUUUAUGGAAAAUGUGUUUCCAAUUUUAAAGAUUAAUUUACAAUAGAAAAUUGUUAGUAAAUGGCUAAUUUAAUUAUUAAAAUUGGGAUUAAAUGCAUACAAUAUAGAAAACAGAGAUUAUAACAAAAUUUUAGUAAAUUUAUUAGAAGAAAUAAUAAAUUGUGAGAAUAAUAUAUAAUGA